CCCCUCAUCAUUGGAUUCAGGUUUUCCAAUCACCUCCAUGGCCACAGCUGUAUAAAAUCAAGCACUUAGGCAUGCAGACUGCUUCUACAAACAUUUGUGAAAGAAUGGGUCGCUGUUAGGGGUUUAGUGAAUUCAAGCAUGGUACUGGGAUAGGUUGUCACCUGUGCAAUAAGUCCAUCCGUGAAAUUUCCUGGCUACUAAAUAUUUCAAAGUCAACUGUUAGUGGUAUUAUGACAAAGUGGAAGCAACUGGGAACAACAGCCACCAGUUUGCAGACCCCUACUCUAGAGCAGUGGAGACGUGUUCUCUGUAGUGACAAAGCAUACUUCUCUGUCUGGCAAUCUGAUGGAUGUGCCUGGGUUUGGAGGUUGCUAGGAGAACGGUACUUGCCUGACUGCAUUGUGCCAAGUGUA